UCAUUAUUGAAGGAGAAAUUUGUUCACAUCUCUCCCGAUGCUCGUUAUCGGUAUGGAUUAUCACUUGACGAAAGACAAAAGCAGGGCAAAUUGGGCUACAAUGAUGGGGAUGAAUGUUCAUUGGAAGAUCACUACUUAGGUGCAAAGGACACUGACAGUAUGCCGUUAGGUCAAUCUCAAGCACAGAUUUAUAAUCGCAACGCUGACAAAAAAAUACAAAGAAACCUAAACCAAAAGAAAAAUGGAUCCAAUGACACCAGAACAUUGGAUAGAAAAAGAGGUAAAAGUCCAUAUAACCCACCUAUGAGAAAACCUAAAAGAUCACCACAAGCUACAGAAUUGACGGACAACAAGACCUUAGAAGGAAGAAAAACAGAAAAUGCAACCGUUAAUGCAGAGGAUAAAACGAUGCGUUUGAUCAGCGAUAAUGUGUCUGAAUACAGCAGACAACGUAUGCGCGCUCUACAGAUGAGUUUACGUCACUACAGUAACGUGGAUGGACGGAUUACAGUCAAAGAACUUAAUUUAGCCUGUCAGGAUAACGCUAUUCAGUUAAACAGCAGAGUAGUACAGAUUCUACAAGGAAAAUUUGAAGAUCAACACGGAAUAAAUAUAGAUAAACUGUUUCACUAUCUAUCAGAAGCACAUUCAAGAUCUGGACGCGACAGUGUCAUGGCAAUGCAUUUAAGAAAUGACCUAGAACCUCACAUGGACACCAAUCCGGAAGAAAAAGAUGCAGAUUUACUACGUAGACUCGAGGAAUUAUUAGUGAAAGACAAUACCUUCUUCGAUAUCGAGGCUUUGAGACUGGCAUUCCAGUUGAAGGAUAAACAGAAAACUGGAAAAAUAUCAAAUGAUGAGGUAUUUGAAAUCGUUGCCUUGAAACAACAACCAUUGUACGGAGCUCUUCUUAAGGCAUUAGUAAAACGAUGUGAUCUGGACAACCAUAAUAUUGUAAGCUGGCCAGAGUUUUUAAGCUUCCUGGAAAAAGCACAGAAAAAUGCAUGGAGAAAGUAUCCUGAAAUGUCUUCCUUACCAGAGUUAAUGAAAAGUAAAACUCCCGUUGUACCUGAGGCAUCAGAUAUGCUUUCUAAUCAAACUAAAUCCAGACUGGUAAACAGACUUUUAAAGAAGGGAUCUAUAAACAGAGCUGCAAAUCUGAACAAAAAAGAAAAAUCAGUGGAAGAAAAUAAAGAAAACGAAACAAAAGAAAAACUUGCUAAACAUGAAGAGACGGAAGAACAAAAAGAAAAUGAGAAGAGUAAAACGUUACCACAAAAAGAAAAUCAGGAGUCAGAGAAGAAAACUACGGAGGAAAACCCAGAAGGUCAAAAGAAGGUGGAAGAAGAAUCGGAAGAAAAGAUAGAAUUGAAAGAAAAGAGUACUGAAAAAGAGGACACGAACUCGAACAAAGAGGAAAAAAAGAAUCAAGAAAAAGAAACUAAUCAAAACAUAGACCAGGAGGAGAAAACCGAGAAUGAUAAAACUCAAGAAGUCAGUCCAAGAGAUAUAACUCUGGUUAAAGACACGGAUAAUUCUAUGAAAAACUUAACCGACGAUUCUGGAAGUAAUGAGAACCAGACAGAGGUCUGUCUUGAAAACCCUCAAACUGAUGAUAUUACUGACAACGUGGAAGAAAAGGAGAAAGAAGUUCCAAAUUCAACAAUAAAUGACAGUGGAUGCUCAGAUGGAGAUAAUCUUACUUUAACAAAAAAUGGGCAUACUAUUGAAUUUUCUAAGCCAGUUGGAUACGAUACUGAAACGGUAAAAUUAGAACCUCCUGAAGCUCGGCUUAAGCUUGACUGGGUGUAUGGCUAUCGUGGAAACGACUGUAGGAAUAACAUACAUGUUUUAGCCAAUGGAGAGCUCGUGUAUUUUAUAUCUAACAUUGUUGUUUUAUAUGAUAAGGAACAUCAUAAACAGAGGCAUUACAAAGAACACACAGAAUACAUCAAAUGUAUUGCCCUUCAUUCAAAUGGUGUUACAAUAGCUACUGGACAAGUAUGUUCUAAACAUAGACCACAUAAUAAGCCUCAUAUAAGAAUCUGGAGAUCCGAUACUCUACAGACAACACAUGUACUCGAAGAGUUCGAAAAAUCGGUUAUGUGCUUAGCAUUUUCAAACACAGAGGAUAUUUUAGCUGCUGUAGACAAUACUCCCGACAAACGCCUGACAAUUUGGAAUAUUUCUUCAGGAGAACUUAUAACUGAAACAGAGGUGAAUACAGAAUUGAUUUGUGAUAUAUCCUUCAAUAAAAAGUAUCCAGAGUUGUUAGUGACCUCUGGAAAAGAACAUCUUCAGUGGUGGAAAAUUUACGAGGAGAGUCGAACACUUCAACCAGUAGCUCAACCACAGUAUGAUAAUUAUCUUAAAGCAAAAUUCAUCAUAUUCCUUGAACAUAACGAAAAAGGAGACUUAGUGACCGGAGAUUCCAAUGGAACUAUUUAUAUCUGGGCGGAUGGUGGAAAUAAGAUCACCAACUUUGUCAAGCAUGCACAUGACGGUCCCGUUUUUGCUGUAAUGUUUUAUAAAAAUUACAUCUUAUCUGGAGGAAGAGAUGGGAUUGUGUAUUGUUGGCAGUGUAAUAAAAAUAUGGAUAAUGUUGGAGAACUACAGAUACCUAGAUCCGAAGGAGGGAUUCGAAUGUUACAAUUUCAUGAUGACACAUUUUUCAUUGGAACUACAAUGAACUCCAUGUUGUCAGCAGAGUUAUCUACGAAAGGCAAUUCGCCCCUCUCUGGCAUUCAGUUGGACCCAGUACCUAUCACGCAGGGUCAUUAUGACGACUUGCGUGGAUUGGUGGUAAUGCACGAAUCUCAGCUUGGUGGAGAUUUCCUUACCGCCGGAACUGACGGUGUAGUCUGCUGGUUCAACACGGAAAGGAGAGAUCCUGUCUGCAAACUUAUGUUGAAGGGCAUGCAGUUUACAUGUGUAGAUUCAUCGUUUGAUGGAAAAAAUGUUGUAUUGGGUACAAAGAAUGGAAAUUUAGUGAUACUGAAAAUUGAAGGAGAGUCUAGUUCUGAAGUAUUCAACAAUAAAAUAACGAAAGACAGAAUAGAUUGUGUGCGAUUUUCACCAGAUUACACAAUCAUAGCUGUUGGUGGACAUGAUUGCUCAAUUCAUAUGUAUUAUUUCGAAUCAAAAUCGGAUGGUUCGUUUGCAUGGGAAAUGAAAGGAAAAUGCGUGGGACACCGUGAUCCUGUUGUAGAUAUUGACUUUUCUGCGGAUUUGUUCCAUAAUCACUUUCUUCUACGUAGCUGUACUAACGCACCAGAAAUCCUAUAUUGGAAUGCCCAAAAUCUUGAUGAAGUGGAUAUGUCGGAAUGUCGAGAGGUCACAUGGAUGACUGAAAAAUGUAAAAUAACUGCUUCUAAUAUUGGUCUAUGGUGGUCAAAAUUGGAACAAGAAGGCGAUAUCAACUGUGUGGAUGUUUAUACAGAUUCAAAUCUCAUAGUUAUGGGAGAUUCGUGUGGAAACGUUUGUUUAUAUAGAUAUCCAUGCGAUAGAAAAGGGAUGUAUUGUCAUAUGUAUCAUGGACAUGCUGCCGUACACAAUGUUAGUUUUUCGAGGGACGGGCAUUAUGUCAUCAGUGUUGGUGGCAAGGACUCUUGUGUCAUUCAAUGGAAAAUCGUGUAAAAUAUCCGUGCUUCUUAAUUAAUUCUAUUGUAUGAAAAUGUGUAAAAAAAAACACUUUCAGAAGGAGGUUAAUAUAGCAACUUCGUGUAUUACAUAUCUGAUCGUUCUUAUUUUAUGUGUUUAUGUGUUUCCUUGUGCAUAAUAUACAUUAUAAGACUACAAACAGCAAGUGGCCACUGAAGGAUCGACGUGAUAAUGAAUAUUUUCAUUUUAUAAAUUUUAAUGUUGAUUUUACAAAUUAUAAUUUAGUGGACAGGUUAUAAUUCCAGCCACAGAAAUUUUCACCAUAUGUAAAUUAUAUGCCCUCAAUAUUCUAUACUAGCAAAUCAACCCAACAAAACUAGAUAAUCUAAUCUAAAAUCUAAAUGAUGAUGUUCCAUGCAAUUUAAAUCCAUUAGAGGAACAUAAGUGUGACCAAUAACA